AUGAAUGAAGCAUUUGAAAUCAGUCUCUAUGUCCAGAAACUUCAAAAACAGAAAGCUGCCCUUAGAAAGGUCUACCAAGACUUCAAUUUCCACCAGAACCAAUCAGGUUUUGGCUGGGACAAAGAGGUAUCAACUCCGACGGCAGACCCCAAGGCUUGGGACCAGUUGAUUGUGGUGCAAUUUUGA